UGAGCCUACUGGUGGUGGGCGUUCAAAAUAGCUAAUCACGUCACCAACACACAGGUGUUACUUGAUUAGUGUGACGAGCAGGAAACCUUUUCUCAACUGGACUCCUGCCAGACCUCGGCAGUAGGGGACAUUGAGGCAUUCUCCAUUCUCUGGCGUUAACUUACAGCUAUUUAACCUCUAAUUGGACGCGUUAAAAUAGGUUGUACUCCUGGUUUACUAUAGAAAUGCUUUGUACAUUUUUGGAUAUACGGUGGAUGACAAACCUCAAGAGUCCCAAUCAAAAGGAGAGUGUCACAUCACAUGUGCUUUUCUUGCCUUGAGAAAGAAACCAGCGGAUGCGGUCUCCGCUUUGUGUUUUUGUGGUGGGCUGUUCAGUGAGCUGGCGCGCUCAAUGUUUUACAACGGGAAAAGAGUGAGGCAGCAGCAAACGUGGCUGAAGGUUGGAACCGAUGGAAGAGCAGCGCCCGUAAUUGGCAGAGCACCAAAGAAGUGCAGAGUCGGGGGAUGGGUUGUAUGUGAAACUCAAAGAAAUCGGGGUAGACGGCAAAGGUACAUUGAAGAUGUUCUCCCGAAAGAAAAGGGAAUUGAUUAAAACCCCUUCUAUUUCGAAGAAGAGUCGAGCAGGAAGCCCAGGGCCACAGAGUUCAGCAUUGUCCGUUCUCCAGGAGCAGCCUCGUCAUGAUGCUGUCGACACAACCCCUUCCUCCUCUACCUCCACCCUCCUCACUCCUACCCCAGGUGCCCUACUGGAUUCCUCUGUGUCCUGCCCUGGCACCACCAGUGCCCAGCACAGCAAGCUGUUUGGCGGAGGCUGCCCCGUCCCCAGGGGCUACCAUGAAGAGGCCGACUGGCCUCAGUCGUCAUGCCGGCGCAGAAGGCUUCCCUAUCCACUCCAGGGUGUUCACCAAGGGCCAGGGUAAGGGGCCCAUCGCCCCCCAGGACAGCCUAGAGAGCACAGCCAUCGAGGUGGAGGACAUCCCCUCUCUGCUGAGGGAUGUGGCCCGCUUCGCUGAGGCUGUGGAGAAGCUGAAGGAUGUUGUAUUGAGGGAAGACAAGCAGGAGAACCGUUGCCCUGUGGCCCAUGAGUGCCUGGGGGAGGUCCUGAGGGUCCUACGACAGGUCAUCAGCACCUACCCCCUCCUCAACACUGUGGAGACCCUCACUGCUGCAGGCAAACUCAUAUCUAAGGUCAAAGGAUUUCACUAUGAGAUGUGUAAUGACACAGAAAAGAAGGACUUUGAGACGGCCAUUGAGACCAUUGCAGUUGCUUUUAGUAGCAAUGUGUCAGAGCUACUGAUGGGGGAGGUGGACAGCAGUACCCUACUGUCCCUGCUGCCAACAGAGAAGAGCAGGUCUAUGGAGAACCUCUACAGGGCGUCAGGUCAGGGGCUAGAGGGAGCUCAGAUGACGGGUGACCUGCAGGACUUUGGCCGGGCCGAGGAGGUAGACAUGCUGCUGCAGCGUAGUGAAGGGGGAGUGGACUCUGCUCUGGCCUACGCCAAGACCAUCUCUAAAUGCAUGAAGGACCUGAUGAGCUAUGUGGAGAAGAGGACCUCACUGAAGGUGGAGUUUGCAAAGGGCUUACAAAGACUGUACCAGUCCAGCAAACACAGCAUCACACACCACCACAUGCCCUUCUACUCCAUCUACUCUCUGGCUCUGGAGCAGGAUGCAGAGCAGAGCAGUGGGGUGCAGCAGGCCACCUCCACACUGCACAGCCAGACCUUCCUACAGCCUCUGACACAGCGUAAACACGAGCAUGAGAAGAAACGCAAGGAGAUCAAGGAACAGUGGCACCGAGCCAAGAGGAAACUGCUGGAAUGUGAGUCUAACCUGCGCAAGGCCAAGCAUGCCUACAUGGCUCGCUGUGAGGAGCACGACAAGGCAGCCACUAGCAGAGCAGCAGAGGAGGGAGGCUCCACCUCCAAGUCUCUGGGCAGGAAGUUACGAGUGGAAGAAGAGGCUCGCAACAAGGCUGAGGAGGCAGAGGCCACCUACAGGAUGUGUAUAGCAGACGCCACCACCCAGCAGCAGGAGCUGGAACAUGUGAAGGUCAAUGUGCUCCGACUUCUGCAGGAGGUCAUCCAACAGAGUGACCAGACCCUGCGCUCGGCUACCAUCUCGUACUACCAGAUAAUGCACAUGCAGACAGUGGCGUUGCCGGUCCACUACCAGACUCUGUGUGAGAGCAGUAAGCUGUAUGACCCAGGACAGCAGUACGCUGCCCACGUCCAAGACCUGCAGCUCACUAAGGAACCAAAGGUCAACUACCAGUUUGAGCCCUACACCGCCGCUGCAGCCUCCACACAGCAGCCAGCUCGACCCCGUAACGACAGCUUCAACACAGACCAGCAGAGCAGCUCUGAGGGUCAACCCAGCACCGGAGAGACCAUGACCGACGAGGACCGCAGUGCUGAAAAUCCCAGAAAGAGACAAGGCCACAAAUCGUGGGGUUCUACAGUGAGUGAUGCAGACAGUGUAGGUGGCCUGGAAUCUCCUACCACCAGUACAAGUGACAUCAGUAAAAUGGCGCGCACCUCCUCCACCGGGACCAUGUCAUCGAAUGAGGAUCCGGAUGAGAAGGACGAGAACGUGGCUUCCUUCCAAGCACCAAAGAUAAAUGGCAUGGAGCCAGAGAUGGCGGUUCCAACCAGACCUUUCCGGAACAUUGGGCUCUCCAAAGCCGCCCAGACCCACCAGCUGCGUAAACUCCGCACCCCGUCCAAGUGUCGGGAGUGCGACAGCUACGUGUACUUCCAGGGAGCAGAGUGUGAGGAGUGUUUCCUGGCAUGUCAUAAGCGGUGUUUGGAGACGUUGGCCAUCCAGUGUGGCCAUAAAAAACUGCAGGGUAGACUCCAGCUGUUCGGCCGAGACUUCUCCCAGGUGUCCAGCGACAGCUCCAACGGCAUCCCCUUCAUCAUCACUAAGUGCAUCUCUGAGAUAGAGAGACGAGCCCUGAAGAUGAAGGGUAUCUACAGAGUGAAUGGGGUGAAGACUCGUGUGGAGAAGCUAUGUCAAGCCUUUGAGAACGGCAAGGAACUAGUGGAGCUAUCGCAGUGUCCCCCCCACGACAUCAGCAAUGUCCUUAAGCUCUACCUCCGACAGCUUCCAGAGCCCAUCAUGUUGUUUCGUCUGUACAACAGCCUGAUGGGGCUGGCCAAGGAGAGCCUGCUGACUGAGGGAGGGGAGGCCGGGACAGGGAAGGGGCCAGAGCUGGUGGACCUGGGGCCAGCCACUGACCCAGCGAUCCUGGCUGUGGUUGAUAGACUCAGAGAGUUGCUGAGAGAACUGCCCAAGGCUAACAUAGCCACGCUGCGCUACAUCUUACGCCACCUGCGCAGGAUUGCAGAGUUAGAGCAGGACAAUAAGAUGAGUCCCAGUAACCUGGGCAUCGUGUUUGGCCCCUCUCUGAUGCGGCCCCGGCCCACUGGGGCCACAGUGUCCCUGUCCUCUCUAGUGGACUACCCCCACCAGGCCCGCAUCAUAGAGACUCUCAUAGUCUUUUACACAGCCAUCUUCCAGUCCUCCAGCAGUCACCCAUUCUCCACCCAACAGACUGUCGGUGCGGGUAUAGAUAAGAACAGCAGUGCUGCGGUCGCUGAUGUUGAGGAACAGGAUGCCAAUGAGGAACAGAGCAGAACAGACUCUGACAAGAUGGAGGGCUGUGGCAGUUCUCCAGGCUCCCUGGGUUCCAGUGAGCAAAUGGUGGACUCUGACUCGGAGCUGGAUGAGACUGGGAGGGGGUCCACACACUGUCCCCACAGCCUGGUCAAACUGGAGAGCAAGGUCAGCACAGAGGAUGACCAACUGAGCUGCAAGGAUAGCCUGAAACUCUCCAGACCGUCUCUUCCUCAGCCGGUCCUGGUUCCAGACCAGGAGAGUCCUGGUCCCGAUGCCUUGAACCAUGACCCCCGUGACAGUGAGCCCGACCUAGAGGAGUGUGAGCAGGAGCUGAGCUCAACGUGAAUCAGUCCCAACAACCAUGUUCUGGGCCUGUGUGGGGCAAAGGUUAGUGUGCUGCCCAGGGACAGGGAGCCAGUUUGUGUAAACACGGCCUGUGCAAUGUGUCAACCACACUGAAAGGUUUUACGGAGUUUAAGUGUACUUCCAGUCUGGUGGAUGUUACCACGAAUCUUGGUUUUAACUUUGGUAUUAAAAUGUCAUGAAAUACUACAUGACACAUUCAUCAUGGACACUUGGUUAUAGCUGUUUUCUGUCAGCAUUAAUUCUAGUUAUAACAAGCUGUGAUUUCAUUUUGAAGAUAAUCUAUUUCAAAAAGUAUUUACAUUGCUCUUAUGCUUGAAUAGUGAGUUGUCUUGUAUGUGUGAUUUAUCUAAGAUAAUUAUUCCAGGUAUUGAAGGUGCUGCUGGUUUUAUUUCAGCACUAAAAUCCAAAAAAAUGCAUCUUUAGAUCUUAAGUUAAGUUGGAUGUAUUUGUCUUUCUGCUGAAUUCACUGUUGACAUUGUCAGUAAUAAAGAAUGCUAUUAAAUGUUGA